UUCGAAGCUAGGAAAUUGGGUAUUUCUCUGACAUGUCUGAGAACAAGAAAUUCCCAAAUCAGGUGGCCGUCUGCGGCAGUUCAUCUCCCGGAGUUGGAAUCGCGGCAGGGCCACCGCACGAGGCGUUAUUUCUUGUACUGAGUUAUCUUCCUCUAUUUGAGCUUCUUUCCAUGGGCGCAGUCUGCGUAUCGCUAAGAGACGCAGUGGAACACGAUGUGUUGCCAUGGCUUCAUCUCGUCGUCGAUCGGCCCUUGAGCUCCCGGCUAAACGAUUACAUUCUGGGGCGAAUUGCCCGAAAGGCCGAUGGCCGCCUUCGAACCUUGGCUUUGAUCAACUGCUUCAAGAUUUCAGACUCUGCACUUCACGAAGUCGUUCAGAACAAUCCCCUUCUCACCAAGCUUUACGUACCUGGUUGCACGAGUUUGACUCCUGAGGGAGUGAUUCGGGCAGUGGAGACUCUAUCACAACAUUCUCACAAUUUGAAUAGCCUAAUGAUUGGUGGCAUUUACAACAUAGAGAAUGAACACCUUGAAGUCCUCAAGUACUAUCUUCUCAAAAACCGAUCGCAGCAACAACAGCAACAGCAACAGCAACAACGUCGUCUGUACCACAAGGACAUUGAGGCAUCGAAGUUGUUAAGGAACGAAUGCGUGGCAAUGAUUGAUGUAGAAAUGUGCCCAAAAUGCCAGGAGAUGGGGAGAGUUUAUGACUGCUCAAGGGAGAGAUGCAAGAUAAAGCAAGAGCAGAAAUUUGGGGCAGAGUGCCGAGGUUGCAGUGGUUGCGUGCCAAGGUGCGAAGAAUGCGGCGGAUGCGUAGAUGGUGAUGAAACAGAGGAGGCUGUAUGUGUAGGUGUCUUGUGUACAAGUUGUUGGCUUCAGCUUCCCAAAUGCAACCAUUGUAAUAAGCCAUAUUGCACGCGACACCGUCAGAAUGUUGCAAGUAGCUCUGCUGCUGGGUUUGUUUGUGAAGUUUGUAUUGAAACUUAGCAUACUUAAAUUGUGAUCCAAUGUGUAGAUGAGAGUAAAACAAAUUAUAUGAAAAUAUGAAAUACAAAUAUGGUUU